AUCUCUUCAUCAAUCAACUAAGAUCUUUCCUUUGCCAACUUUUAUGAUCUGCCACAAUAUGAGUUCCUGUAUGAGUGUUCCUCUCCAUAUCACUUUCCUCGUCGUGCUAAUCCUAGCGUCGAUUUCUCUGUCUGUCGCCCAGGACUCGCCUCAGGACUAUGUUGCAGCCCACAAUGCGGCCCGCUCUCAGGUCGGUGUGGGCCAAAUCGUUUGGGACGAGCGCGUUGCUAGUUAUGCCAGUGAUUACGCCAAAAAGCUUGCCAGAGAUUGCACACGUCUAGUCCACUCGGGCGGACCAUAUGGGGAGAACCUCGCUCGGGCUUCCCCUGAUCUCACCGGCACAAGAGCGGUGAACAUGUGGGUUGGGGAAAAGCCUUACUACAACUACAAUUCCAACUCGUGCGCGCCAGGGAAGGUUUGCGGGCAUUACACUCAGGUGGUGUGGCGCAACUCGGUUCGGCUUGGAUGCGCGAAGGCUCGAUGCGCGACAGGCGGUACUUUGGUAACCUGUAACUAUGAUCCUCCUGGGAACGUUGUCGGCCAAAAGCCUUAUUGAGUUACAAAAGGUUGUAUGUCAGAUGCUGAACUAUCAUGUCAAAAUAAUGCCCCAUUAGGAUGAGGCAAGAGCUUUACAUGCACCAAAAUUAAAUAAAGUCAUAUGAGUGAUGAAG